GAAAAAAGACAUGGAAAAAUUGGUGUGUUGAAAUAUCAGGGAGGAGAAAGGUUGGGAGUGGAGGAAAAAUUAACAUGAAUGUAGUAUUUUAGUGAUGAAAAGAAGCGGCCGGGCAUUUAUAAGUGUGCUCGAUUGCUAUAUAUUUUGAAGAAACUAUUUGAAAGUUUAUCUGAGAAAGAAAAAGAGAGACCAACUCGGAGACCACACAACAUAAACAACUCCAUCUGGUCACAUCAGGGGGAACACAGUUCAGCCAUUCGGAUCUAAUCAAGUGUAUUGUUAUUCUGACGCCUUCCUGAUGGGUUUAGAUAAUGGGACCAGCUCCUUUGAGAACAUGACAAACAUUAACAGCGCUGUGAGUAACGAUCUCUCUUUCACCUUUGGGGCCAUCAUUCUCAGCAUCGUCUUCCUCCUGGGUGUUCCUGGCAACUUCUUCAUUAUCUGGAGCAUCCUGGCUCGCGCCCACAAACGCUCCGUCACUACCCUGCUCAUCCUCAACCUGGCUUGUGCAGACGGUUGUCUGAUGUGUCUGACAUUUUUCUUUAUAAUAUACCUAGCCAAGCAGAGCUGGAUAUUUGGAACUGUCAUGUGCAAGCUGCUUUUUUACUUGUGCAAUACGAAUAUGUAUGCUUCUAUUAUGAUCAUUACGCUGAUGAGUCUACACAGACUGGUGGCAGUGAUGUGGCCCACGUACUUGACUGCCUGCACUCGUAGACGGACCGUUUUACUUGUGCUGGGGGGCCUGUGGAUUGUUGUAUUUCUUUUGGCACUUCCUGCUUUAAUAUUCAGACAGACAGAGACGAUUAAGAACAAUGGGGAAAAUCGUACUGUGUGUUCCAUUCACCAUGAGAAUCCACAGCAUGGUGUAUUUCAAUACACACUUGAAACAGUGGUGGGCUUCCUGGUGCCAUACGUGAUCAUAGUCAGCAGUUAUGUGUGUAUCCUUCGCCGUCUCAGACAGACCAUGUUCAAGAGAAGGAUACGGAGUGAGAACCUCAUUCAAGCCAUUAUUGUGACGUUCUGCAUUUUUUGGCUUCCUUACCACUGUGUUAAUAUAGUGCAAGUGGCAGCAGACCUUACAUCAGAUAAAUCACUCAAAAAGACACUGGAUAACAUCUGGAAGUCCAGCCGUGCUGUUACGUCCGCUCUCGCUUUCAUCAGUAGUUGUGCCAAUCCUGUCCUCUAUGCCUUAGCUGGACGCUCCUACAUCAAAGCUGACGGCCUGGCAUUCAUGGCCAGACUCUUUGAGGGAACAGUUCUGGACUACGGUGCACGGAGAAGCCAGCAGAACAGAGACGUCAUCAGGCUCUAAACCUCAUUGGAGAGCAGAGACUAAAAACUGAAUGUUGGACAAUAAAUUGGAUACGGAUGCAUCAGUUUGUAUUAACAGGUCAAUAAUUUAAUGUAAAGGGAAAGCCGCCUGAAGACCUAGGCUCUGCUUCAUAGACAGGGCUUUUUGGUCUCAAUUCCUGAAGGGCCACAGGGCCCCUACCAGCUCCAAGACACACCUGCUUGGAAGUUUCUAGUGAUCCUAAAGACCUUUAUUAGUUGGAUCAAGUGUGUUUGAUUAGGUUUGAAGGAAAAAUGUGAAAUGUGGCAUUACUAGCGUGCAUCUUAAGACAAAAAGGAACAGAUCUUAAGAUCAGUACAAGUUUCUUUGUUGAAACAGCUCAGAUUUACAUUUUAGCCUAGAACUACACACUUAAGCCUCAUCUUUAUCACCAGAAGCUAGUGUUUUUAAAUUUAACUCCGUAAUUGAGCUAUAUGCAGCUUUAAUUUUCAAUCAGCCUUCAAGCUUACAAACUGCUGAGACAGCAUUACCCCUAUAUCGCAUUGCUAUUACACAUUUAAAAUAACCAUGCUAAACCUGGACUAAUGGUCUGUGCGUGUAAAAAGUCUUUGCAUUACCUCUUGCAACUUGUACAAUAGCAUAAAUCCUAAAAACAGCGUAACAGGACUGGAAUUAAAUUUAAAAUAUCGGAUUGUUUACUGACGUCCUGGUGAACUCACUUUUGGAAGUGCGGGAACACUGGCAUUUUCGUUGGAAGUGUCCGAAAUGGUUAGAAGUUAAAUUAAGCACAAAUGAGAAGUAUGUUGACCAAACGGGGAUUUAUAGUCUUUAUAGACGAUUUUAAAAUAGCUGCUAGUACACAAUCCACACUGAAGCAAACAUUUUUAAAAUGACAAUUUAUUGCAGCAUUUUCAAAUACAAUCACUGACAGUAUAUUGUUGGCAUCUUUCAGGGUGCCCAAAGAAAAGCAUACACCAUACAAUUAAAUAACCCACUCUAGUUUUCUGUAAAAUUUGCCUCAUCUAGAGUAAAACAUGCCAGGGUUCAGUCAUGAAUACCUAUAUUAAAAAAGGAAAAGAAAAUGGUAUUAACACCACACAAUAAAGUAGUGAUUUAAUGGUCUAAUUUUAUAUCAGAAACAAAGUAUACCUUAUAGAACACUAUCCUGGUUUCAGCCACCAAGGUACCUGCAGGAUAUUAGUGAAGAUGUUAAAACAAGCAUACUAAACGGGUUCAUUUUCACCUAGACCUCUCUUUUGAUCAGAGCAUGUAUAUAAAAAUCACUGUAUCAGAAACACGGACAUGCAACUCAUCACUUCAGUAAAAGACAUUUUCUUGCACUAGACAAAUGAGAUUUGCUCACCUCAUCCGUAAACUCGGUGCCUUCCACUUAUACUUUGCAAAACCGACAAAAUGAAAAGAGAGCAGAAGACUAAAAGCUUAAAUUUGCAAUACACGUAGGCUAAAACUCACAAACUACUAAAUAACUUCCUGUUUAGGCAUUAACAAAAGGGCAUUCAAACUAACUAGAAUUACGUUACUACU